UCCACAGUUCUUGUUAUGGUUACAAUGAAAUUGACAAUUGUUUUGUUUUUAAUUUUUUACUCAUCUGCAGCUGAAAAAACUGCAAUCCAAGAAUUUACAAACGCAAACAGUCAAUUUACUUCAUCAGUCUACAAGCAAUUGAGCAAAUCAGAAAAUGGCAAUUUCAUUGUAAGUCCUUUCUCUGCUGAAACGAUCGUUGCAUUCGCCCAAUCUGGAUGUAAAGGAGACUCAGCACAAGAAUUACGCAAUGGUUUACAUCUCCCAGAUGAUAAAACCAAAGUAGAAUCAGCAUUAAAAUCCCUAUUACCGAAAAUCAAGGGCAAUGAUCUCUACACUCUCCACACGGCAAACAAAAUGUACGUAAAAAAAGAUUUUACGAUCAAAGAAGAGUUCAAAAGAGCCGCAAGUCAGGUCUAUUAUGCUGACAUUGAAAAUAUCGAUUUUACCAAAAGUGUUGAAGCUGCAAAUGCUAUGAAUAGUUGGGUGGAAAAACAUACAAAAAGCAAAAUCAAAAAUUUGAUCAAUUCGGAUGAUUUGGACCAGAAUACUCGAGCAAUUUUGAUAAAUGCUUUGUAUUUCAAAGCCAACUGGUCACUUCAGUUUCCAUUACCUGCAACCUACAAAAAUAAAUUCUAUAAAACUACUUCCGACUCGAUUGAAGUUGAUAUGAUGACACAUUUCAACAAACAUUUCAAUUAUUACGAAUGUCCACAUUUAAAAGCCAAAUUUUUGGAAUUACCGUUUCAAGGGGGUGAAGCCUCGAUGAUUUUCGUGCUUCCGAACGAAAAAGAUGGYCUUGAAAGUCUUGAAAAUCAGUUAGAAUCAGUUUUUGUGCCUCAACACCACUUGGAACYAACACUUGUAAAUGUGGUCCUGCCUAAAUUCCGAAUUGAGAGUUUAAUCAAUUUUGUUGAAAUUUUAAAAAAAUUGGGUGUUAAAAAAGUGUUUAAUGAAAAAGAAGCCGAUUUGAGUGGAAUUGCAGGUAAAAAAGGAGAUUUGGUGGUCAAUAAAAUUGCCCAAAAAACUUAUAUUGACUUAGGCGAAGGAGGGGUUGAAGCAGCUGCUGCUACUUAUGUCAUUACAGCUUUUCCUGUCUCUGCUCUUUUGGAACAACCCAAACCAAAAAUUUUCAUAGCUGAUCAUCCCUUUAUCUUCUAUAUAAAAGUUAAGGAUCUUAUCCUGUUUGCUGGAAGAGUUACCAAUCCUGCACACUAAAUAAAUAAUUUUUAAUCUA